AUGCUGUCGUUGUUACUCUUGUUCUUAGCAAAUGCUCCAGCAAUAUUAGCACGACAGUCUGUAUUUUCAUGUCCAUUAAGUCCAGGACUAUCAGGCCUACCAGGAGUGAUACCUGGCUAUGCUGGGAUUGGAGAAGUGUAGGUUUAUAAAUACUUAAAUGCUUAGCUUUUCUUAGGUUUUUACUUACUGAUUUUGAUUUUUAUAAUUUGUAUUGUACGACUUACAUAAGUAACUUAAAGUAUGUCAUAUUAAAAUAUACAUAAAAGUAUACCAGUAACACAGUAUACGUAUUUUACAAUAUUGUUUUAGCUGUGGAUCAGGAUCAUUUUUACAUUACUGGAUUUGUUGUGAAGAUUAUCCCUUCGAAUGUUGUUUCCAGUUUGAAACAUGGGCGAUGUAAGUAACUUUUUUAAAAUUAAAAAUAAAAAGUUGAUGUAGCAGUCAUAUACUUGAAAGGAGCCAGAUCGGGCUUGCACAUGUGGAUCCAAGGGCCGGGUCUUAAACUAAAGCCUGGCCCUUUUAUAGGUCUAAGUGCAACUCCAUAGUAAGGUUUAUUGUUCUGCUCCUUUAAACUUUAAAACAGAACGACGCUGGAACCAAGGUUGGAACUCUUAAAAAUUGAUGAGAAAUUCCAUUUUUAAUACUAUUUAUAUAACUAUUUUUAAAAACGCUAUUGACAAACUUUUCUUAGAGUACUGUUCGCCGUGAUACUUGUUCUUCUGGUUGGUGCAGGAUUGUUUGCGUUGGGUCGAUUAAUUGCUACAAGAUAUUAA